GCAGGUGGUGACGUACCUGGCGAGCUGCGGGCUGCAGAGCUGCCCCAUGCUGCUCUCCAAGGGGUACCCCGACAUUGGAUGGAACCCCUGCGGGGGUGAGCGCUACCUCGACUUCCUCCGCUUCGCCGUCUUCGUCAACGGGGAGAGCGUGGAGGAGAACGCCAACGUGGUGGUGCGGCUGCUGAUCCGGCGACCCGAGUGCUUCGGGCCGGCGCUGCGCGGCGAGGGGGGCAGUGGGCUGCUGGCCGCCAUCCAGGACGCCCUCCACAUCGCCCAGGACCCCGCCCGCGAUGGGCCCACCGGCAGGAGGGAGCGGCGGCGGGAGCCGUUUGGGGGCGAAGAGCCACCCGAGGAGAACCGGGUGCACUUGGGCAACGCCAUCAUGUCCUUCUACGCCGCCCUCAUCGACCUGUUGGGUCGCUGUGCCCCCGAGAUGCACCUCAUCCAAGCGGGCAAGGGGGAGGCUCUACGGAUCCGAGCCAUCCUCCGCUCCCUCGUACCCCUCGAGGACCUGGUGGGCAUCAUCAGCCUCCCCCUGCAGAUCCCUGCCCUUGGCAAAGAUGGCAAUUUGGUGGAGCCGCGGAUGGCGGCCAGCUUCGUGCCGGAGCACAAGGCGCCCAUGGUGCUCUUCCUUGACCGCGUCUAUGGCGUCGAGAGCCAGGAAUUCCUGCUGCACGUGCUGGAGGUGGGAUUCCUCCCCGACAUGCGGGCAGCCGCCUCCCUCGACACGGCCACCUUCAGCACGACGGAGAUGGCGCUGGCGCUGAACCGGUACCUGUGCCUGGCGGUGCUGCCGCUCAUCACCAAGUGCGCCCCGCUCUUCGCCGGCACCGAGCACCGUGCCAUCAUGGUGGACUCCAUGCUGCACACCAUCUACCGCCUCUCCCGCGGCCGCUCCCUCACCAAGGCCCAGCGCGACGUCAUCGAGGAGUGCCUUAUGGCUCUCUGCCGGUACAUCCGUCCCUCCAUGCUGCAGCAUCUCCUCCGCCGCCUUGUCUUCGACGUCCCCAUCCUCAACGAGUUCGCCAAGAUGCCCCUCAAGCUGCUGACGAACCACUACGAGCGGUGCUGGAAGUACUACUGCCUGCCCAGCGGCUGGCCCAACCAGGGGGUCAGCUCAGAGGAGGAGCUGCACCUCACCCGCAAGCUCUUCUGGGGCAUCUUCGAGUCCCUGGCACACAAGCGGUUCGAUGCAGAGCUGUACAAGCUGGCCAUGCCGUGCCUCUGCGCCAUCGCCGGUGCCCUCCCCCCCGACUAUGUGGACGCCAGCUACUCCUCCAAGACUGAGAAGAAGGCUUCUGUCGAUGCUGAGGGCAACUUCGACCCCAAGCCUGUCGAGACCCUCAAUGUCAUCAUCCCCGAGAAGCUGGAUGGCUUCAUCAACAAGUAUGCGGAGUACACCCAUGAGAAGUGGGCUUUCGACAAGAUCCAGAACAACUGGUCUUUUGGGGAGACGGUGGAUGAAGAAGCCAAGACCCACCCCAUGCUGCGACCCUACAAGACCUUCUCUGAGAAGGACAAGGAGAUCUACCGGUGGCCCAUCAAGGAGUCCCUGAAGGCUAUGCUGGCCUGGGAGUGGAUGGUGGAGAAGGCCCGUGAGGGCGAGGAGGACAAGGUGGAGAAGAAGAAGACCCGCAAGAUCUCCCAGUCUGCCCAGGCCACCUAUGACCCCAGCCACGGCUACAGCCCCCAGCCCGUGGACCUGUCGGGGGUGACCUUGUCCCGGGAGCUGCAGGCCAUGGCGGAGCAGCUGGCCGAGAACUACCACAACACCUGGGGACGCAAGAAGAAGCAGGAGCUGGAGGCCAAGGGGGGGGGCUCGCACCCCCUGCUCGUGCCCUACGACACGUUGACGGCCAAGGAGAAGGCACGGGACCGCGAGAAGGCGCAGGAGCUCCUCAAGUUCCUGCAGCUCAACGGCUACGCCGUCACCCGGGGGUUGAAGGACAUGGAGCUGGACACGUCCUCCAUCGAGAAGCGCUUCGCCUACGGCUUCCUGCAGCAGCUGCUCAAGUGGAUGGACAUCUCCCAGGAGUUCAUCGCCCACCUGGAGGCAGUGGUGAGCAGCGGGCGGGUGGAGAAAUCCCCCCAUGAACAGGAGAUCAAGUUCUUCGCCAAGAUCCUGCUGCCCCUCAUCAACCAGUAUUUCCACAACCACUGCCUCUACUUCCUCUCCACCCCGGCCAAGGUGCUGGGCAGUGGGGGGCACGCUUCCAACAAGGAGAAGGAGAUGAUCACCAGCCUCUUCUGCAAGCUGGCCGCACUCGUCCGCCACCGCGUCUCACUCUUCGGGACCGACGCGCCGGCCGUGGUGAACUGCCUGCACAUCCUUGCCCGCUCCCUGGAUGCCAGGACGGUCAUGAAGUCGGGCCCCGAGAUCGUCAAGGCAGGGCUGCGGUCCUUCUUCGAGAGUGCCUCCGAGGACAUUGAGAAGAUGGUGGAGAACCUCAAGCUGGGGAAGGUGACGCAGAGCCGCACGCAGGUGAAGGGGGUGGCCCAAAACAUCAACUACACCACGGUGGCCCUCCUGCCCGUCCUCACCUCCCUCUUCGAGCACGUGGCGCAGCAUAACUUUGGGGACGACGUCAUCCUCGAUGACGUCCAGGUGUCCUGCUACCGCAUCUUGUGCAGCAUCUACUCGCUGGGCACCACCAGGAACCCCUACGUGGAGAGGCAGCGCCCGGCGCUGGGGGAGUGCCUGGCCCGCCUGGCCGCCGCCAUGCCCGUGGCUUUCCUGGAGCCGCAGCUCAACGAGUUCAACCCCUGCUCCGUCUACAGCACCAAGUCCCCCCGCGAGCGGGCCAUCCUGGGGCUCCCCAGCCGGGUGGAGGAGAUGUGCCCCGACAUCCCCGACCUGGAGCGGCUGAUGCGGGACAUCGGGGGGCUGGCGGAGUCGGGGGCCCGCUACACCGAGAUGCCCCACGUCAUCGAGGUGACCCUCCCCAUGCUCUGCAACUACCUGCCCCGAUGGUGGGAGCGCGGCCCCGACACCCUGCCCCAGGGACCCUGGGCCACCGCCGUCACCGGCCAGCACCUCAACGCCCUCCUGGGCAACAUCCUCCGCAUCGUGGUCAACAACCUGGGCAUCGACGAAGCCUCCUGGAUGAAGCGCCUGGCAGUGUUCGCCCAGCCCAUCGUCAGCAAGGCGAAGCCGGAGCUGCUGCGCUCCCACUUCAUCCCCACCAUGGAGAAGCUGAAGAAGCGGGCGGGCAAGGUGGUGGCCGAGGAGGAGCAGCUCCGCAUGGAGGCCAAGACGGAGGGGGAGGAUGCCGAGCUGCUCAUCCGGGAUGAGUUCUCUGUCCUCUGCCGUGACCUCUAUGCGCUUUACCCCCUGCUCAUCCGCUACGUGGACAACAGCCGGGCCAAGUGGCUGACAGAGCCCAACGAGGAUGCAGAGGAGCUGUUCCGCAUGGUCGGGGAGGUCUUCAUCUACUGGUCCAAGUCCCACAACUUCAAGCGUGAGGAGCAGAACUUCGUGGUGCAGAAUGAGAUCAACAACAUGUCCUUCCUCACCGCCGACAGCAAGAGCAAGAUGGCCAAGUCCGGAGACGGCCAGGGUGGUGGCUCAGAGCAGGAGCGGACGAAGAAGAAGCGUCGUGGGGACCGGUACUCCAUCCACACCUCCCUCAUCGUCGCCACCCUGAAGAAGAUGCUGCCCAUUGGCCUCAACAUGUGCUCACCCACCGACCAGGAGCUCAUCAGCCUGGCCAAGAGCCGCUACGCCCUGAAGGACACGGAUGAGGAGGUGCGGGAGUUCCUCAACAACAACCUGCACCUGCAGGGCAAGUGCGAGAACAACUCGUCCAUGCGGUGGCAGAUGGCCCUGUACCGCGAGAUGGCCGGCAAAGCCGAGGACUCCGACAGCCCCGAGAAGAUCGUCCGGAGGGUGCAGGAGGUGUCAGCCGUGCUUUACCACCUCGAGCAGACGGAGCACCCCUACAAGUCCAAGAAGGCAGUGUGGCACAAGCUGCUCUCCAAGCAGCGCCGCCGGGCUGUGGUCGCCUGCUUCCGCAUGACGCCCCUCUACAACCUGCCCAGGCACCGGGCCUGUAAUAUGUUCCUGGAGGCGUACAAGCUCUCCUGGCUGGUGCCCGAGGAGCAUCCCUUUGAGGACCGCAUGAUUGAUGACCUCUCGAAGUCGGGGGAGGAAGAGGAGGAGGAGGAAGAGGAGCAGGAUAAGAAGCCGGACCCCUUGCACCAGCUCAUCCUGCACUUCAGCCGGACGGCACUGACUGAGAAAAGUAAGUUGGAGAAGGAUCAUUUGUACAUGGCAUACGCUGGCAUCAUGGCCAAGAGCUGUCACAUCGAGGAAGGGGAAGAGGAGGAGAAGGAGGAGGAGAAGGAGGAAGAAGAAGCCGAGGACUCAUUCGAGGAGAAGGAGAUGGAGAAGCAGAAGCUGCUGUACCAGCAAGCCCGGCUGCACACACGGGGGGCGGCCGAGAUGGUGCUGCAGAUGAUCAGCGCCUGCAAGGGGGAGCGGGGCGACAUGGUGUCCUCCACCCUCAAGUUGGGCAUCUCCAUCCUCAACGGGGGCAACGCUGACGUGCAGCAGAAAAUGCUGGACUACCUGAAGGAGAAGCGGGAGGUCGGGUUCUUCCAGAGCGUCCAGGCGCUGAUGCAGACCUGCAGCGUCCUGGACCUCAAUGCCUUCGAGCGGCAGAACAAGGCGGAGGGGCUGGGCAUGGUGACGGAGGAGGGGACGAUCAUCAGCCGUGAGAACGGGGAGAAGGUGAUGUCGGACGAUGAGUUCACGCAGGAUCUCUUCCGGCUGCUCCAGUUGCUGUGCGAGGGGCACAACAAUGAUUUCCAGAACUACCUGCGCACCCAGACGGGGAACACGACCACCAUCAACAUCAUCAUCUGCACCGUGGACUACCUGCUGCGCCUGCAGGAGUCCAUCAGCGACUUCUACUGGUACUACUCGGGGAAGGACGUGAUCGACGAGCAGGGGAAGCGCAACUUCUCCAAGGCCAUGGCCGUGGCCAAGCAGGUCUUCAACAGCCUCACCGAGUACAUCCAGGGUCCCUGCACGGGGAACCAGCAGAGCCUGGCUCACAGCCGCCUCUGGGACGCCGUCGUCGGCUUCCUCCACGUCUUCGCGCACAUGAUGAAGAAGCUGGCCCAGGACUCCAGCCAGAUCGAGCUGCUGAAGGAGCUGCUGGACCUGCAGAAGGACAUGGUGGUGAUGCUGCUGUCCCUGCUAGAAGGCAACGUGGUGAACGGGACCAUCGCCCGGCAGAUGGUGGACAUGCUGGUGGAGUCCUCCAGCAACGUCACCAUGAUCCUCAAGUUCUUCGACAUGUUCCUGAAACUGCGGGACAUCGUGGCCUCAGACGCCUUCCGCGACUACGUCUCGGACCCGCGAGGUCUCAUCUCCAAGAAGGACUUCCAGAAGGCGAUGGACAGCCAGAAGCAGUACGAACCCGCCGAGAUCCAGUUCCUGCUCUCCUGCUCCGAGGCGGACGAGAACGAGAUGAUCGACGUGGAAGCCUUUGCUGGUCGCUUUCAAGAACCCGCUCGUGACAUCGGUUUCAACGUGGCCGUGCUCCUCACCAACCUCUCGGAGCACGUUCCCCAUGACCAACGUCUCCGGACCUUCUUGGAGCAAGCGGCCAGCAUCUUGGAGUAUUUCCGUCCUUUUUUGGGACGGAUCGAGAUCAUGGGAGCCGCUCGACGGAUCGAACGCCUCUACUUCGAGAUCAGCGCCGCCAACAAGGCACAGUGGGAGAUGCCCCAAGUGAAGGAAUCCAAGCGCCAGUUCAUCUUCGACGUGGUCAACGAAGGGGGGGAGGCCGAGAAGAUGGAGCUCUUCGUCAGCUUCUGCGAGGACACCAUCUUCGAAAUGCAGAUUGCCUCUCGCCUCUCCGAGGAGGAACCCCCCCGGGAAGAAGGAGAGGAUGAGGAGCAGGAGGAAGAAGAGGAGACCCCUGAUCCCACUGCUCCACCUCCCCCCUCCGAACCCACCUCAGCUUUUGGGGAGCUGUUGGCGGGGGCUGGGGGGCUGCGACGUUUGUUGGGGUCCCCCCAAACCUGGCGGCGACGGUUGCGACGGUUGCGACGCCGGCCGGGUCGGGAGUUGGCGUGGGCGGCGGGAGCGGCCACCGGCCGGGCGAUGCUGGGGGGGCUUCUGGGGGGCUGGGGGGUGCUGGGGGCCGUGGGGCGCCUGGCCUGGACCUCUCUUUUCGGAGGGGGGCUAGUGGAAGGGGCGCAGCGGCUAGCUCUGGCCGAGCUGCUGGCCAGCAUGCCCGACCCCACUCAGGAUGCUGUGGGGGGCGGCGAGGCCGGGGCAGCCACGGGGGGAGAAGAAGGGGGUCCCCAAGACCCUGUCCCCCCGCCCACCCCCCACCUGCCGCAGCCCCCCGAGGAGGAAGAGGAGGAGGAGGAGGCGGCGGCGGCGCCGGUGACGGCUUUCGGGGUGCGCAAGGAGCCCGGGCACUAUCGGCUGGCAGCCCCCGACGCCCCCGGGGGGCUGGGGGACAUCGGGGAGCCCCCUGCUGCCGAGCCCCCCACCCCCGAGGGCACUCCCAUCCUCCGGAGGAAGAUUGGGGAGGACGGAGAGGAGGUGGUGGAGGAGGAGCCACAGAAGGAAGAGGAGCUGCCGGGCGAGGCGGAGAAAGCUGACACGGAGAAUGGGGAGAAGGCCGGGGCGGAGGGGUCCGAGGGGGGGCCCGAGCCUGGUGCCCCCGAGAAGAGGAGGAAAUCGGUCCCCCGGGAGCGGAAGGAGCCACCGGCCGAAGGAGCCUUCGAGUUCUGGACUGAGCUGGAGGUCCAGAGGGUCAAAUUCCUGAACUACUUGUCCAGGAACUUCUACAACCUGCGGUUCCUGGCGCUCUUCCUCGCCUUCGCCAUCAACUUCAUCCUCCUCUUCUACAAGGUGUCAGAGCACCCUCCAGGCACCGAGGAGGAGCCGGAGGGCUCGGGGCUGGCGGCGGCGGUGGCCGAGGAGGACGGGGGGGACGAGGCCGGGGGGGCCGGGGAGGAGAGCGUGGUCUAUUACUUCUUGGAGGAGAGCACAGGAUACAUGCAGCCGGCGCUGCAGGGCCUGGCCCUGGCCCACACCCUCGUCGCCUUCCUCUGCAUCAUCGGCUACAACUGCCUCAAGAUCCCGCUGGUGAUCUUCAAGCGGGAGAAGGAGGUGGCACGGCGCCUGGAGUUCUCGGGGCUCUACAUCACCGAGCAGCCGCCAGACGACGACGUCAAGGGCCAGUGGGACCGGCUGGUGCUCAACGCCCAGUCCUUCCCCAGCAACUACUGGGACAAGUUCGUCAAGAGGAAGGUGCUGGAGAAGUAUGGGGAUAUCUACGGGCGCGAGCGCAUCGCGGAGCUGCUGGGGAUGGAGCUGGCCAGCCUGGAUAUUGGGGCGCAGGGCGAGAGGAAGGCCCCCCCCGACAGCUCCCUCCUCACCUGGAUCACAUCCAUCGACAUCAGGUACCAGAUCUGGAAGUUUGGGGUCAUCUUCACUGACAACUCCUUCCUCUACCUCACCUGGUACAUGGCCAUGUCCCUCCUGGGCCACUACAACAACUUCUUCUUCGCCUCCCACCUCCUGGACAUCGCCAUGGGGGUGAAGACCCUCCGCACCAUCCUCUCCUCCGUCACCCACAACGGCAAGCAGCUGGCGAUGACGGUGGGGCUGCUGGCCGUGGUCGUGUACCUCUACACCGUGGUGGCCUUCAACUUCUUCCGCAAGUUCUACAACAAGAGCGAGGAUGAGGAUGAGCCUGACAUGAAGUGCGACGACAUGAUGACGUGCUACCUGUUCCACAUGUACGUGGGAGUUCGGGCCGGGGGGGGCAUUGGGGACGAGAUCGAGGACCCAGCGGGGGACGACUACGAGCUGUACCGCGUUGUCUUCGACAUCACCUUCUUCUUCUUCGUCAUCGUCAUCCUCCUGGCCAUCAUCCAGGGUCUGAUCAUCGAUGCUUUUGGGGAGCUGCGGGACCAGCAGGAGCAGGUGAAGGAGGACAUGGAGACAAAAUGUUUCAUCUGCGGCAUCGGGAGCGACUAUUUCGACACAACCCCCCACGGCUUCGAGACCCACACGCUGGAGGAGCACAACCUGGCCAACUACAUGUGA